AUGACCAAUCCACCGGCGGAAGCUGGCCCAGAUUUGCAACACGCUCCGUCCUCCCACGCCAGAACCUACGCUGACGAGGCAAAAAAGAGCGCGACCAGCUCAGUCACGGCUGGGAUGAUCUCGAGCGACGACGACGAUGGCAUCACCAGGGAGCAGGAGCAUGAAAUCGAGACCUUGGCCCGUCAAGUCUCGCACUUCUCGAGACGCAGCAGUGUAUACAACCAUGAGAACAUAGUCAAUCCGUUCCUUGACCCAGAUGCAGAUCCCGAGUUGAACCCAAGCGGACCUGACUUCAGAGCCAAGAAAUGGUUGAAGACUAUCUUGCAGAUUCAGUCGCGGGAUUCAGACCGAUAUCCAAAGCGGACGGCUGGUGUGUCUUUUCGAAAUAUGAACGUUUACGGCUACGGCACAGCCGCAGACUACCAGGCAGAUGUUGGGAAUACUCCUUUGAAGGCCGUCAACGCAAUCAAGGAUCUCAUGGGCAUGGGUAAAAAGGUCCGCAUCGAUAUUCUACGCGAUUUCGAGGGCUUAGUCAAGAGUGGUGAAAUGCUCGUGGUGUUAGGACGACCCGGCAGUGGGUGUUCUACAUUCCUUAAGACUCUGGCAGGCGAGACACACGGUCUACAUCUAGAUGAAGGGAAUGAUAUACAAUACCAAGGCAUCUCGUGGACACAGAUGCACAAAAAUUUCCGCGGCGAGGUUGUGUAUCAGGCAGAAACAGAGACUCAUUUUCCCCAGAUGACAGCUGGUGAGACCUUGUACUUUGCAGCCCGGGCCCGUGCACCUUCCAACCGGUUUCAAGGAGUCACCCGCCAUCAGUACGCCGAACAUAUGCGCGACGUUGUCAUGUCAAUGUUGAGUCUAUCUCAUACCGUGAACACCAAGGUUGGCAACGAGUAUAUACGGGGAGUUUCUGGUGGUGAGAGGAAACGUAUCAGUAUUGCAGAGACAACAUUGAGUGGUAGCCCUUUACAGUGUUGGGACAAUAGUACGCGUGGUCUAGAUAGUUCCACAGCCCUUGAGUUCGUCAAGUCGUUGCGCCUCUCAACACAAUAUUCCGGUACAACCACUAUUGUUGCCAUUUACCAGGCUGGUCAAGCAAUCUACGACAUUUUUGACAAGGCAAUUCUUCUCUACGAAGGCCGUCAGAUCUAUUUCGGCAAUGCUGGCCAUGCCAAACAAUAUUUCAUUGACAUGGGCUUUGAAUGCCCGGACCGCCAGACCACUGCGGACUUCCUCACAUCCAUCACCAACCCUGCUGAGCGUCGAAUUCGUCCUGGAUUCGAGAAUAAAGCUCCUCAGACGCCCGAUGAAUUUGUUGAGAGAUGGAGGUAUAGCGCAGAACGCAAAGCUCUGAUUACGGACAUCGAAGAAUACAACAAUGAAUACCCUCUUGGUGGUGCCCAGCUUGAGAAAUUCCAGACCUCUCGACGGGCAGAGAAGUCUAAAGCCUCUCGGAAAUCUUCGCCUUAUACGUUGUCCUUCCUUCAGCAGAUUCAGCUCUGCAUGUGGAGAGGGUUUGUACGUUUACGAGGAGACAUGUCUAUGACUGUGACUAGCGUUAUCGGAAACAUCGCUUUAUCGCUCAUUAUCUCAAGCGUGUUCUACAACCUACAGGAUAAUAGUAGUUCGUUUUUCAGCCGUGGCUCGUUACUUUUCUUCGCCAUUCUUAUGAACGGAUUUGCCAGCUCUUUGGAGAUCUUGACACUCUGGCAACAAAGACCCGUUGUUGAGAAACACGACAAAUAUGCGCUCUAUCACCCGUCCGCCGAAGCCAUCAGUUCGAUGAUAGUGGACCUACCUGCAAAGGCAAUCGUUGGAGUGGUCUUCAAUCUCAUCCUAUACUUUAUGACGAAUCUUCGUCGAACUCCAGGCCAUUUCUUUGUCUUCUUCUUGUUCUCCAUCUGCACCACUCUUACCAUGUCCAACAUCUUCAGAACCAUUGGUGCUGUGUCAAGGACCUUGGCCCAAGCCUUGGUUCCAUCCUCGAUCUUCAUGUUGUCCUUGGUUAUCUAUACCGGCUUCACGAUUCCUGUUCGAGAUAUGCGUCCAUGGUUCAAGUGGAUUAGCUAUAUCAACCCGAUCCAGUAUGCUUUUGAAUCCUUGAUGAUUAACGAAUUCCAUGAUCGCAGAUUCCCUUGUGCUACUUACGUACCAAUGGGACCUGCGUAUCCAAAUGUCGCUGGUGAUUCGGUCAUCUGUGGUGCAACUGGUGCGCGACCCGGUGAGAAUUUUGUGGAUGGUGAUGCAUUUUUAAACAUCACCUACAAGUACUUUGCAUCCCAUCUUUGGAGAAACCUUGGAAUCAUCUUUGCGUUUUUCUUCUUCUUCCUCUUCACCUAUAUCGCCGCGACCGAAAUUGUCAGCGCCAGGCCUUCCAAGGGAGAAAUCCUUGUUUUCCCCAGAGGCAAGGUUCCUUCAUAUUUGAAAAGCAAGAAGAGCAGCGAAGACCCUGAAGUCGCACAUGUCACAAACGAGAAACAAAAGUUGGAAAGCAACGGCCAUGACCAGGUUGGUGCCAUCGUGAAACAAACAUCUACCUUCCACUGGCAGGAUGUCUGCUAUGAUAUUAAAAUCAAGGGCAAGACACGAAGAAUUUUAGAUCAUGUUGAUGGCUGGGUCCAGCCUGGAACGCUGACUGCCCUUAUGGGCGUUUCCGGUGCUGGCAAGACUACUCUGCUGGACGUCCUCGCUGAUCGCGUCACCAUGGGUGUUGUUACGGGUGAGAUGCUCGUCGACGGACGUCUGCGCGAUGAUUCCUUCCAGCGAAAGACCGGCUACGUCCAGCAGCAGGAUCUUCACUUGGAAAUCAGCACCGUUCGUGAAGCUCUGGUGUUUUCCGCACUUCUUCGACAGCCUGCCACAACUCCUCGCGCCGAGAAAAUUGCCUACGUCGAAGAAGUUAUCAAGAUGCUGGGAAUGGAAGAGUAUGCUGACGCUGUAGUCGGUGUUCUCGGCGAAGGAUUAAACGUGGAGCAACGGAAACGCUUGACAAUUGGCGUGGAGAUUGCUGCCAAACCUGACCUGCUUUUGUUCUUUGACGAGCCAACCUCUGGCCUUGACAGCCAGACCGCCUGGUCUAUUUGUAAGCUGAUGCGCAAACUAGCUGACCAUGGUCAGGCUAUUCUGUGUACUAUUCAUCAGCCGUCCGCAAUGCUCAUGCAAGAAUUUGACCGCCUGCUCUUCUUGGCCUCUGGAGGCAAGACUGUGUACUUUGGUGAUCUUGGCCAUAAUAUGACGACUCUAAUUGAGUACUUUGAAAAUAAAGGGGCACCCAAAUGUCCAUCCAAUGCCAACCCAGCAGAAUGGAUGUUAGAGGUCAUUGGAGCUGCACCAGGCUCAAAAACAGAUAAGAAUUGGCCUGAAAUUUGGAACAACAGUGGUGAACGCUCCGCCAUUCUUCAGCAGCUACAAGAUAUGAAAAGAGAACUGUCUCAACAGCCCCAGGCUCCUCGUUCUGCCGGAUAUGGUGAAUUUGCAAUGCCCUUUUGGCAACAAUAUCUGGUUGUUCAGCAUCGUAUGUUCCAGCAAUACUGGCGCAGCCCCGAGUAUAUUUACUCGAAAUUCUGCCUGUGCAUUGUCCCGACACUCUUUAUUGGAUUCACCUUCUAUAAGGAGCCGAUCAGCUUGCAAGGGUUGCAGAACCAGAUGUUUGCCAUCUUCAUGUUCUUGAUUCUUUUCCCAAAUCUUGUGCAGCAAAUGAUGCCAUACUUUGUCACCCAACGAUCUCUUUAUGAAGUGCGAGAACGACCCUCAAAGGCAUAUUCCUGGAAAGCAUUUAUGCUUUCUAGUAUCUUGGUCGAACUGCCAUGGAAUACAAUAAUGGCUGUUCCAGCGUUCUUUUGCUGGUACUAUCCAAUUGGGUUUUUCCGUAAUGCUAUUCCUACAGAUGCGGUGAACGAGCGCAGUGCCACCAUGUUUUUGCUGGUGUGGAUUUUCCUGAUGUUCAGUUCAACAUUCAGCUCAAUGGUCAUUGCUGGUGUGGAACAGGCAGAGACGGGUGGAAAUAUGGCCCAGCUGCUCUUUUCCUUGACUUUGGUCUUCUGUGGUGUCCUUGCCACCCCCCAGGCAAUGCCAGGGUUUUGGAUCUUCAUGUACCGGCUCUCUCCAUUUACCUAUUACGUUUCUGCCGUGCUUUCAACAGGUGUGGCAAACGCGGAUGUUACUUGCUCUGCACGAGAACUCCUCAAGCUUGCUGCACCCGCGGGUCGAACAUGCGGAGACUACCUCAAAGCCUACAUGUCGUAUGCUGGUGGCCGGCUUCUCAACCCAGAGUCUACUACACAGUGCGAUUUCUGCCCAGUGGCGGAUACCAACACAUUCCUGGCGCAAGUGAAUAUCUCAUACAAAGACCGGUGGAGAAAUAUCGGGAUAUUAUUCGUUUAUAUUUUUGUCAACGUCAUUGGAGCUAUUGUAUUCUACUGGCUACUGAGAGUGCCAAAGAAAUGGUCGAAGAAGGCGAAGAAGGAGUAG